AUGUCACGGGGGCUGCGCCACGUGGUGGCCCCGCCCAGCGCGGGCUGGCACCACGCAGGCGGCCUGCGGGACGCCGCCUCCCCAUACGCGCACAAGGUGCACUUCAUGGUGCACACGCUCCAGGACAGCAGCCGCAAGCAGGGAGACCGCGGGGAGAGGGCCGCGCCCUUCGACAUGGAGACGUUCAGGGAGCAGGUGUCGCGCCUCGCGCUGCCGCACCAGUCCUUCACCUUUGCCGCGAGCGCCCUGGACCUGCUGGAUGACCCCGCCCUGGCCACAGCCCUCAGCGUCACCACCAGGGCGGGGCUGGCGGAGCUGCCCACGGCUGCGACGCCCAGCGGGCGCAGCCACGACCCCGAUGUUGAGGCGCUCUUCAUUGACAGCCACGAGCUCGCGGCCCACAUCAGGAGGCGCUUCAACAUGGCGCCACGCAGGGAUGGCGCCAUGGACGCCCACGCCACCCUGGAGGUGCCGAUUUUCAUCCUCAGCCUCGACAGUGACCGGCCCCUGCUGCUGGACAGCCACCACAACGCGCGUUCCCUGGAGGACAUGGUGCUGGUGGUAGACAACGCGGCCAGCCAGGACGAGCACCCCACGGGCUUCAUGUGCGAGGGCUCCCUGCUGUCGCGCCCGCUGUCGCCCCUGCGCCACGCGCUGGCCGCCGUGCUGCAGCACCUCGGGGGCGUGCUGCCGCCGCACCUUGGAUACAACCCAGGGCGCGGCCUUGUAGCGCAUGACUGGCUGUGGAGCGUGGGCGCCCACCCGCUCAGCUGGACGUCCACGGGCACCGCCUACAGCCAGCUGCACAUAGAUGCGCUGCACAGGAGUUACAUCUUUGAUGCGUUGGACCGCUCCAUCGAUGACGUGAACGCGGGCGUGUCACUGCUGGCGGACGAGAAGCCGGACGAGCUCAGUCAUGCCCGCGUAGUAAGGCACAGGGAGCAGUUGCUGACGGCGCUCAAGCUGUACAGCCAGGCCGCGGCGACGUGGCGGGGCGCGGUGGCCCAUGCGUCUGCGCUCGAGUUUGGCGCGGCGGCGCGGAUGAUACCCGGCAUGGAGCGCGCAGCGGCGGCAUUCCUGGAGGCCUGCCAACAGGUGGACGCUACCCUGCACCCCCAGCGCUGCGCAGACCGCGCCGCGCCGAUCGCGCCGUCGGUGCUGCGCGCCAUCGUGGGCGGCAGCUGCGCGGCGGUCGCGCUGGCGCUGCUGCUGACGUGCGGGACGGCGCGGAGGAAGACCAAGGCGGGAUGA